AUGGCAGACCCCAACACAGAAAUGAAUACUCGCGCCCAACGCGAAGCAGACUACGAGCGCUUCAAGACCUACGCCGCGACCGGAUUCCUCGUUGCCGCCCCCGUGCUCAUUGCACUUCCACCCCGCAAAUUCGACCACCUGACCGUCCUGCUGGCGAGUGCUUUCUGCGUCUCUGCAAAUCAUAUCACGCGCGAACGCACAGGGCGGAGUAUUGUUGAUCGUAUCGAAGCGCGGAUCACGACCCGUCCGGCGGUCCUGCGGGAACUUCCCAGUGAGCGCGCGCAAGAGAUUCAAGCCCGACUAAAGGCUGCGCGGGAAGCGCAGAUGAAGGAGGCUGUCGGAGAGGAAUUGGAGAAGUUGAAGGCUAGAGAGGCGCAAGAGCAGGGUGUUGUGCAGCGGGUUUGGAUGGGUGGGGAGGCUCCCGGUUGGAUGGAGAGGAGGUUGCAGGAGGAACAGAAGGCGUUGGAGGAGGGCAAGGGGUAUGGUGAUUUGAUUCAAGAGCACAUCUGGGAUGUGUGGAACUGGGGAAAGAAGGAGGAGGAGGAAGAAGAAGAUGAUGAGUGA